AUGGCCUUGGCCGAUGGGGCGUAUCAGAUGCAGCCGUUGUACAAGCUGGCCAUGCGGACGCUUGCGGGCCAUGCCCCUGGCCUUGCCGGCCUUAUGGCGUUCCAAUACAUCGCUUUCAAUCGAUCUCUGAGCGAGGUCUCCCUCCAGGACGGCUCUGUGAUGUCGUGGUGUUCGGCGUUUGCCAUCGCGGCUUUGUCUUGCAGCGCCGUGUUCGCGAGCGCUUCAUUUGUGCUUGCAGACUACCUGAGGCGGAUUGCCAUUGACAAAGCCAUGUUUCAAGGCUUCGGGCUCCAACUCCCUGCCAAGAGCAUUAGGCACAGCAACAUCGGAGUUUGUACACUUGUUGUGGCCUUCGUUAACUUGGCAUUGUUGCUCGUGGAGCUGUGGCAAAGUGUGCUGUUCAAAGGAAUGCCCUUGAACGAUGUGCCUUUGGAAGGUAUUCAGCGCGUAUUGCCGCUGGUACUAUACCUGGUGAACCUGGCUGGACUUGUGCGGUCGCCGAAGGUUCGAUGGCAUGAAUGUCAAUGGCUCAUGCAAAACCCCCGACCACUUCCAACUUUCCUGCUGAUAGAAGGCUUUGCCCAUGAGCAGGUUCAAUCGUGUCAGAGGAAUCACGGAUGGAUAUUCCAGACGAGCCGGGCUGUCCGUCAACCUCCAGCAAUUGCUGAAGGCAUCGAGCUCACGUCUCGCAGCAGAAGCGUUGACGUAGUUAGCCCAGAAUUGGAACCUGACGUGUCUGACGAGACCUUAGCGGACUUGCCUUCGCUGGUACGAAAAGUCCCUGCCCUCAUGUCUCACCGUCGUGGCGCGGUUCUCAUACACCUGCUCUUGGUUUUUGUUCUCCUAGCUUCUCUGGUGUAUCUCCCAGCUGCAAUGCUCCAGAUUUACAAGGCUUCUUUCACGCCACAGAUCAAGAACUUCGAAGUCCAUGGAGGCAACUUCCGCGAGGAGGAGCAGGGCAAGGUGACCUUCUGGAUCGUGCCGGACGAGGGUCAAGACCAGGUGGUGUUGCACUUGACUGCGGACACAUCGACGGCCAGCUCCUUCUAUCUCUGCCCGGGCGACAGCUGUUCGGAGCCUCUGCGCAGGAAGGCGAACAUGCGGCUCAACUCCCAGCAGCUCACCAUGCAGCUGACACGAGAGCACUUCGGUAUGCGGAGCUCGUUUAAGCUCUGUGGAUUCUUUACUCGCAUCGUCUAUGUGGCCAUUGCAGAUCUCCCGAAGGUUCAAAUCACCGUUGGGACUAUGAGCAAGACUGCUGUUGUGAGUGGCCAGCCUUCUAUGUUUCGGGGCAAGUUCCGGAGUGACAGCAUCCAAGGCGACACCGUGAGCUUCGAUUUAACGGCCGACCGGCGCUUCUUUGACUUCGAUCUCCGGACCUCGAUACUCACAACGACGUCCAACCCCACACGCCGAGAUCUGUGCAGAGUCGCUUCUGGACAAGUUGCCUGCAAGGUCGCAGAUUUUCAGCAGUGGUGUGGGAAGGCCUGUGAUCUCUCGGUGGAGUUGUCCAUGAAGUUUAGCACGGAGGUAGAGAAAACCUUGAGGCUGAUGGUGGAGGUUCGCAGCACAGAGCUGUUUCACCUCCAGGAGGUCUCGGACCUUCAGCGGAGGAUGGAUGCCAGCGAGAUGCCAGAAGAGGUAUUGAGUCUUCGACGAGCAAGAAACUCCUUGCUCAAGGAGACUUACGACGUUUACAGGGGUCAGCAGAAGAGAAACGAUGUGCAGCAGACGACCAUCCUCUUGACUGGACUCACUGGGGCAGGCAAGUCGGCGGCGUGUCGCUUCUUGACGAUGAACGAGUCUUGCAGGUAUUCAAACAGCUGGAAUUCUCACACGAAGAAUGUUUCGGAGAUCAGGGGCCAUGCAUUCGGCGAUAAGAUCCAGCCUCGCCUGCGCAUCUUCGAUAUUCCCGGUUUUGGUGACACAGAGGGCGCAGUCGUGGACGAGAGACAGUUCAGCCAGACCAUCAGUCACUUGAGUGAUGUAGAAGGGCUAGAUGCCAUCUUCUGGGUUGUCAACGGAGCCAUUCGCCGCAAGCUGGGCCCGCGAAAGCAUUCGGCUCUUUUCGAGAAGCUGUACGUCAUCGUCAAUUUCGUGCCGUGGAUGCCAUACACCAGUCAAAAGGAGCUAAUGAGCAAUUGGAUCGAGGAGUUCAAGGCAUUUCUGCUUUCAGAGGAGCAAGAAUUCAUGCAAGAUGCCUGGGAGUUGGUGGAAGACCGAGCAAGGGGACUUGUCAGCAAGAGCCUCAAAGUUCGCAUCGUGGACAUGAACCCGAUGUAUUUGCAGGGGAAUCUUCCUGUACCGCUGUCUGCACCGAUGGUCAGCAGCCUGCCCCCUUUUUCCAUGCCAAUGAACUUGGUGGAGUUGCUGCAGGCAGUUGCGGAUAUCGGUAAAUCUUCUGGGAAAAAGCUUGUAGUGAAUGCUGCAUGCCCGCUCCGUGGCUAUGGCGAAGUGGACGACGACCGUACGAGCUACACCACCCAAGCCACAAGGGAUGGCCCUUUGAUGACGGUGAAGCUGCAGGGUGAAUUCCUGGGCAAGGGUGACAGUCUGCUGGCGCAGUCCGCCAGCUUUGGGUGUGGCCAGGCGCCGGCUCAGUUUCUGGUUCUUUUGAGUUACCGCGAGGCUGCCAGCGAGACAGCGAUCUUCCAGGCCCUGCUCCCUUACCGGGUCUCUGAGUGGCGGGGGGUGAGGCUGUGCUUUCGCGAGGCGCCGCCUGAGCCGGACAGCCAAGAGGAUGUGUCGCGACACUGCCACGAAGCCGGAAUGCUGCAGAUUUCGGAGCAUGCCUGGGCUCAUAGCGAAAGCUACGAAAUCGUUCAGACUCUGCAUGAAGCCCAAGGAAGCAUCAAUGCAGUUGUGUUUGCUGGCCAUCACGAUUUCCUGGCAGCUGCAGGCGACGAUGACGUGUUGCGGGUGUACAGGCCUGAUUACUCACAUGGCGCAAAGUAUAUGCUGAAAGCGAGUCAGGAACGGGAUAGCGGUAUCACUUCAUUGGCAUGGUCGCCUCGUGCGAUUUAUCUGGCGGCCAGCACUGUUGAUGGAAAGAUUGUGGUGUAUCACCUCAUCCAUCAUUCCCUCGAAUUUCGAUUCUCCAUUAAUGGGACAGACGUAGCAUGGUGUGAUGAAUUCCUGGCUGCCGCGGGCCCCGGUGGGCAUGUGGAGUUGUUCAGAGGAGGGUCCAAUCCUGUGCUUGUCCAACGCAUGGGAGGUGGUGAGGCGCAGGUCACUGCUGUUUUAUGCGCAAACGGGAGGAUCGUUGCAGCGAGCACCGACUCUCACGUGCGUCUGUACGCGCACGGUGGUCUGACGCCUAUCUUUGACCGGAAAGUCCCGGGCGUCGAAGCUGUGGCUUUGUGGGCGAGAAGAUACCUGGCGCUUGGGAGUGCUGAUGGGAGUGUAUCGUUGAUCGAUUUCGCAUUGCAGGCUCAGACGUACGAAACGACCCGGAACGAUGCCCAUGAAGCUGUACUGACACUUGCGUUGUCUGGUGAAAGGCUUGCCGCAGGCAGCGCGAACGGAAAAGUUUAUGUGUAUAAAACUGAGCACCUGCUACUGGUCUCGGUGCUGAGUCAUUCCGUGGAACCCAUCAGAGCAUUGGCGUGGUCGUCUGGUAAAACUCUGGCUGCUGGAGGCAACGACUCGAAAGUGCGGCUGUAUGAGCUAGCAAAGACUGCCAGGGUGGGUUUCAGUUCAGACCUUCAAGCUGUCUCCCCUUUAGGCAUAAGUCGACAAAGAUCUUCGCAGCCUGCGUUGCCUGGAAGCCCGGAGCCAUCAAAGCUUCUAUGCUCUACUACAUUCCAGGUAGACGUGGCUGAGCUGAGCACAGCCGAUUCCAAGCUUGCCCCCGGGCCGGUCAAUGCCGGGGGGAAGUAG